AUGGGAGACCCGCGAGUAAGGAACGUGGACGGCUUCACCACUGUACAACAUCAUACCGUGCCAGAGUAUCUGCAUCCAGGUCAAGGAAGGUUGCCUGAUGGCUACACAGCUUGUAUCAUUGGAGCUUCGGCGGGCAUUGGAGAACAUAUCGCAUACGCCUUCGCCACGGCCCAUGCGUCCACAAUCAUCCUCUGCGCCCGCAACACCAGCAAGCUCGAUCGGGUUGCCGAUCACAUCACCUCUACCAUCUGCUCGAAUUAUGCCAAGAAGCCAAUAAUCAAUAUUCACGAAUGCGACCUCGCGGACACUGCCUCAGUAGAGGCUCUCGCAGCCUACAUCCAAUCCGAUGUCCUCGAAAAGGGCGGCCGUCUCGACGCCAUGAUCCCCAACGCGAGCUACGCCCCACCAAUCGAAGGCAUGAAGGUCACAGAGAACAGUCCCGAGCUAGUCCGCAAGGCCUUUGACACCAAUUUCCUGGGCGUAUACGCCAUCGCACAUCACUUCGUGCCCAUUCUGCUUGAGUCUCGAAACCAAAAGGGCGGCGCUGGUCACUUCUUUGUGAUAGGAAGCAUAGCUGGCAGUAUCACGAAGGGCAUCAUUGCGAAUACGGGCUACACUAUCUCGAAGAUGGCACAGACUAGGUUGGUGGAAUACAUCGCUGUUCAGUAUGGGAAGGAGGGAAUACUCGCUGUUACGAUUCAUCCUGGGAGCGUGUUGACGGAUAUGGCCAUUGGAAAUACGCCGGAGGGGUUCAUGCCGUACUUGAUUGAUGAGGUGGGACUGUGUGGUGCGGUGGUGACUUGGCUGGCGGGGAUGAAGAGAGAGGAAGUGGACUGGCUAGGAGGGAGGAUGAUUAGUGCCAACUGGGAUAUGAAGGAGUUGAUGGAAAAGAGGGAGGCAAUCGUUGAGAAGGACCUUCUGAAGUUUGAAAUGAUAACGCGGUAA